GCCCUAUCUCAAUCAAGAGGAUUAUUGUAUUGUAUAAGUAUCGCUCCUCAGGACAUCGAAAAAUGCUCCGUACAAAAAGAGUCUCCAAAUCACCAUACGCUAGACCCGGACGCGCCCAAGCUGCCGCCAAAAAGGCGAAAAUCUCUAAUACUACGACAAGACGGAUCCAGGUCACACCCGCACCCACAGUACCAGUCGUAUCAACUCAGCAUGACAUCCAGGAAAACCACAUUCCAGCGUUGACAGCACCAGCUCCAUCAACCCAAACUCCAGCGUUGACAGCACCAGCUCCAUCGGCCCAAACGUCAGUUUUGACAGCACCAGCUCUAUCAACCCAAACUCCAGAGAUGACAGGACCAGCUACAUCAAUAAUGGCAGCAUCUGACCCCUCAGUCUUCUCUGCAGUGCCACAUCGACCAUCGUCAUGGCUUUAGUGACCCUUCCAGCCUGCAAUCCAUGCCUGCGCACUGCAGAAUUUUGCAACAAGCCAUCGCUGGCAACUUCUGUUUACCCUCCAGGGUUGUCAGCACCAUAUGGCUCCUCAUUUCUGCAAACUGUAUGCGCCAAAUGCCAGAUUGAGGAUCGGCGCUUACUAAUUGACACUUGCUAUAAUACUUGAUUAUUGUCCAUUGUUUUGAUACCAUUGUUUUAUUAUUUAAUUACCUUAUAAUGUUAAACAAGAAUAAAGCCAUGACAGA